AUGAAUGAAGUCGUGUUAGACAUUCUCGGACAGCAGUCACUUGAAAUAUUCACUCAAAUAUGUUUUUGUUAUUCAAUGGGUGAAGAUGGGGAGUCGAAAGACGAAAUUCUCGAAACAUUGAGGAAAGGUUUGGAAAGAUUGACGGAAGGGUUUCCAUGGGUUGCUGGACAAGUGGUAAAUGAGAAGAGAGAAAUGGGAGAUGCUACAUGUGUAUUUAAAAUCAAGACACUUGAGAGAAUUCCUCGGUUAAUUGUCAAGGAUGUGAGUGAUCAAGGAUCAAUUCCUUCAAUGGAAGAGUUGAGAAGAGCGAGUUUUCCUAUGAGAAUGUUGGAUGAGAGUUUCGUUGCUCCUAGAAGUACCGUUCCUGGGAUUUUUAGUGAAUCGUCAGAUGUCCCAGUUUUUAUUUUGCAAGCUACAUUUAUUAAGAAUGGGCUUCUUUUGACUUUCUUAGGUCAACAUCAAGUUAUGGAUGGAACUGGUCAAGCACAUGUUAUUUCUUUGCUUUCGAAAGCUUGCCGUGGGGAACAAUUCACCAGAGAAGAAUUAGAAACAGGAAAUAUCGAUCGUGAAGGCAUAAUCCCACUACUUACAGAAGAAGAAAAUACCAAUUUGGGUGACUUGCAUCAAAGACUCGCACAUCAAAUAAUACUAAAUCCUUCUUCAUCAUCCAACCCAGAACCACCUCAAUGUACUUGGACAUGCUUCAAUUUUUCUUCUUCUUCACUCAAUAAAUUGAAAUCACUUGCGUCCAAAGACCUUCUUUCAAGCACAAGUUAUAUUACAACAGACGAUGCACUUACAGCUUUUGUUUGGCAAUCAGUUUCUCGAAUCCGUCUUUCAAGAUUAUCGCCGAACAAAAAUACAACCCUCGCAAGGGCUGUCAAUGUUCGACCUUAUCUAAAUGUCCCUUCAACCUACCCCGGAAUGGUUCAGAAUAUGACCUACAACGAUUUUACAAUUUCACAAUUAACGACGAUCCCACUUGGCAUAAUCGCAUCGCAACUUCGAUCCAACUUUGACCCCAAAAUAUCCACUCUAAACCAAGAUACUCGUGCAUUAGCUACUCUUCUUGACAAUACCAAAAACAAAUCAAUUACAUCUUUCACUGCAACGUUAGAUUUCUCCUCCGACAUAGCCCUAAGCUCUUGGGUAAAACAAAAUAGCUAUUCUUUAGAUUUUGGUAUUGGUCUCUACAACCCUGAAUCGGUUAGGCGCCCUCAAUUCACUCCAGUUGAAAGUCUCAUGUAUUUACUCCCUAAAACCCCAAAUGGUGACGUUGCACUUGCAAUUUGUCUCCGUGAUACCGAUAUGAGCCUCUUAAAAUCUGACGAACAAUUCAUUAAGUAUGCUACUCAUAUCACGUAA